AUGGCGACACCAACCACAACAAAUAGUGUCGGGGGAAUCGCCGACGAGAUCUCGUACGAUCACGUUCACGGUGACCCUGACCUCCAGGUCAAAGUUCAAGGCUGCACCUUCCACGUCCACAAGACGGUCCUGAUGGAGACGUCGGACUACUUUCGCGCCAUGUUGGAAAGCGGCAUGAGAGAAAGUUACGAAAACUCCGUCCAACUUCAAGGAUUCACAGCGGAAGCGUUCAAGAUCGUCCUAGACUUUCUGUACGAGUCAAAACCAAUCAAAAUGGACGAUAGACUCCACUGUGUUCUUGAGAUGGCGCAGUUUCUUCAGAUUGGGCCAGUUCUGGACUACAUCAAGAGUAAACUCAGCUGUGAGAACUGUGUCCAUCUGUACAUGAUGGCUGAUACUUAUGUCAUCAGCGAUCUGAAGGAAGCUGCAGCACAGCUGAUGGGGGACAACUAUCUGAAGUUUCUUCGCUCGGAAGUUUUUGAAGAGCUGAGGGAGGAACAGCGAGAAGAGGUUCGGAAGACUCGCUUCAGACACCAGAAGUUCCUGUGCGGUGUGAACACGGGGUAUGUGACGUGGCCAGAGCCAGGUCCGAGGGAAUUCAUGUAUUACGACAAUUCAAAGGACGUCUGGAAAUUGUUGACUGAAAAGCCAGAACAGGCUUGCCGACGAGGAUGGGGUGUUGCUGUCCUGGAUAACUACAUUUACGUCAUGGGUGGGUACAGCUUUCCCAAGUCCAUCCAUCCCUCUGGCGAUGGCGACGUCCAAGCCUACAACUUCUGCUAUGAUCCUAUCAAGAACAAGUGGACGGAGGAGCGUGCAAUGAAUGAAGCCAGAGCUUAUUUUGGAGCCGUGACAAAUGGUGAGUCUAUCUACGCCAUAGGAGGAUUUCAGUAUCACUUUCCAGUUCAGACUAUGGAGAAAUACAUCCCUGAACAGGACAGAUGGGAGUUCAGACGGUCCUUACCUGGAGACUGGACUAACUACGAUCUAGCUGUCGUCUGCAAGGGAGACAUCUACGUCAACUCGGAAGAACGGUGGGAAGAAACGUUUGCUCUCUUGAAGUACGUGUCAAACAUCAACCAGUGGGAGAUUCUGUCUCCCCUGCCCAGAAAACGGGACAAGAACAGUAUGGUCGCGGUGGGAGAAACCAUCUACCUUCUGGGUGGGUUAGUUCCCGGAGUAGACUGCUUCAAUGUCACCACAAAACAAUGGUUUGUACUGGAGUCCCACGAGGCUACAGAAGCCACAGAGUACGAGAAGGGGUGUACAGAAAUGGACGGGACGAUCUACGUGUUAAACAGUGAUGAUAUGGCAUGUUAUAUCCUGGAGGCGCAGACUUGGGUGCAGGGGUUGUCAGCCUUCCCAGGAGGGUGUAACGCUAACAAAGCAAUCGUCGUACAUCUGCCACCUGAACGGCAAGUCUUGUAGGGUUUAGAAGGAUCUGGAGUUUUUGUCAUUGGUGCGAACAAGUUAUGAAUUAAUCUAUUGCAAGUUGUCUUGAGCACCAAACGUUUUUGCCUGCUAUGAAACAUUUCAUCAAUAGUAGACGGGCAGACGGGUAAAUCAAUGAAUUGCACAAAAAUUUGCCAACUUUGCGGCGACUUUGCGAAUUUUCGCCGUCACACUGACAAUGUGGCGCAUUUGUGAAGCCCACGUAAGCAGAAUGUUGGAAAUCACAAUGUUGCCACUGAAUUAAAAGCCAAUGUAUAUCAAUAAUAAAUAACAAUGAAAAGAUAUUUGUUGUGGUAAGAGAUGUUCACUUGCUUGGUUACAGUAGCACUUGCGUCAUUUUGCUCAUUGCGAUUUUUUUUUAACGCAAUGUCAGGCGAGAAAUUGCGACCAACUGCGCAGUCCACUAAGAUAUCUUCUUUAAGACACGCAAAUGUAGAGUACGCACCUUCGAUUGAGAAGCUGAUCGAAGCACACCUAACA